CCAGCCAUGUUUCCUUUACCGAUGUUCACACCUGACCAGGUGGCUCGUGUGUGUGAGAAUUUAGAGGAGACCGGAGAUAUCGAGCGCUUGGGGCGCUUCCUAUGGUCCCUGCCCGCGGCUGUACCCGGAUCUGCAGGUGAACUUCUCAACCGCCACGAGUCGGUAAUGCGAGCCCGAGCGCUCGUCGCUUUUCACGGAGGGAAUUUUGAGGCUCUCUACCAGAUCCUGCAGAGUCACCGCUUUACGCGAGAGUCUCACGCCAAAUUGCAAGACCUGUGGCUGGACGCACACUAUCGCGAGGCGGAGCGCCUGAGGGGCAGGCCACUCGGCCCGGUGGAGAAGUACCGCAUACGGAAGAAGUUUCCCCUUCCACGAACCAUCUGGGAUGGCGAGCAGAAGACUCACUGUUUUAAGGAGAGAACCCGUAGUCUCCUAAGGGAAUGGUACCUGCAGGAUCCCUAUCCGAACCCAUCCAGAAAACGGCAUCUGGCCCAGGCUACAGGUCUCACACCCACACAGGUGGGCAACUGGUUCAAAAACAGAAGACAGCGGGACAGAGCAGCAUCUGCUAAGAAUAGACUGCAGCAGGAUUCCUCCCUCCUUCCCUCAGGUUGUUCUUCAGAAUGUUCCUCAUCAGAGCACAACCCCCACCUUCACAAUUCCUCUCCGCGUCAUCCUGGCAGCCCAGACAACAGUGACUGCAGCUCGGGUACAGGGCCAAGGGGGACCGGGGCCUCAACGCCAGACAUAUCAGUGAGCAGUGACAGCGAGUUUGAGUCGUGA